UGGUCACGUGACGGUCAGGGCAAUCACAUGACGUUUAUGAGGAAGUCACAAGCUACAGUAUAAAAUAACUCUCCUUUGGCUCGCAAACGCACUGAGUUUCAUGCGGUUUCGGUGCCUUGUCGGUGAGUUUUUAAGAUGUUAGCCGCUGGCCGCUAUUUAGCUUUGUUUGCCGCGUUGCAGCUCGGCUCUUGGGCUCACUAUGCUCCCGACGAGGUGAUCCAUCUACCCGGUAUGACGUUCAAACCCAGUUACCGUCAGUGGUCGGGACACUUGCAGGCACGACCUGGCAAGUUUUUACACUACUGGUUUGUGACCUCCCAGAGAGACCCAGUCAAAGACCCGCUGGUGCUGUGGCUAAACGGAGGCCCAGGCUGCAGCUCGCUGGAUGGAUUCCUAUCAGAGAAUGGACCCUUCCAUGUAAAAGAUGACGGAGCCACUUUGUAUGAGAACAUUUUCAGCUGGAACAGGAUCGCUAAUGUGCUCUAUUUAGAAUCUCCUGCAGGGGUUGGAUACUCCUACUCCAAUGAUGGCAACUACACCACUGAUGAUGAUCAGGUCGCUGAGGACAAUUACAAAGCACUGCAGAGUUUUUUUGCCAAAUUCCCAAGCUUCACUCGAAAUGACUUCUUCAUCUUUGGAGAAAGUUAUGGCGGAAUUUAUACACCAACCCUCAGCAUGCGUGUCGCUUCGGAAAGUAACAUCAACUUUAAGGGUUUUGCAGUGGGAAAUGGUCUUAGCAGCUAUGCACUCAAUGACCAGACGUUAAUAUAUUUUGGUUACUACCAUGGCCUUUUUGGAGAAGACUUGUGGCGUGAUUUAAACCAAUAUUGCUGUGAGAAUCAAAGGUGCGACUUCUACAACUCCACUUCAGAGAAAUGUCUGAUUCUGGUGAAUGUUGCCUUUAAAAUUGUGUAUAAUAGUGGUCUUAAUGAAUAUGCACUUUACUUGAAUUGCGAAGGACGCCGGGGGUUUCACAAGGGCUACGAGAGGGCCAUGAGUCACUUGUUCAAAGGCUACAGAAAACGAUUCACAGAGAUUUCAGGUGCACAGCCGUUCUCUAUUUCUCUGGAAGAGGUACCCCCCUGCAUCAACAGCACAGCUCAAGCCAACUGGCUCAACAGAGGUGAUGUGAGGAAAGCUUUGCAUAUUCCUGACACGCUGCCACCAUGGGACCUGUGCAGUGACUCUGUCGGACAGAAUUACACCAACCUGUACCCAUCAGUGAAGGACAUGUAUUUGAAACUGCUUUCUUGGGGCCUCAGAGCGCUUGUCUACAACGGGGACACAGACAUGGCAUGCAACUUUCUUGGAGAUCAAUGGUUUGUGGAAGACCUCGGCAUGAAGGCCACAACAAAGUACCAACCCUGGCACUAUGACAGCCAGGUAGCAGGUUUCUACCAGCAGUAUGGAAACAUCACCUUCCUAACAGUCAAGGGUGCAGGUCACAUGGUUCCACAGUGGGCACCAGGUCCAGCCCUUCAUAUGUUCCAGUCCUUCAUAACAAAUCACUCCUAUUAACCCUUGCUUGUUGGCAAUGUGCUUUGAUAAACAUGCAGUCAAUUCAGGGAUUUUGAGGGGAAAAGGUAUGUUGGUUGUGCAGCAUUUGAGCUUUGUUCAUGUUGGACAUAUUUCAAAUCAUACAUAAGCUACAUUGUACUUUUUAGUGUCAUUGUCUGAAUCCUGAUGAAAAUGUAUUAUACACAUCAGUUUGCACUUUUCAGUCAUGUAAAGGGACUCGGAAGCUGGAUUCAAUAAAAUUCUAUCUUUAACAAAUAUUGUUGCAUUCUAAUAAAAUCAUCCCUAUGUU